UCUAGCUACCUUGGGAUGAUGCGCUCCGUAGCAUGUAGGGUGCUGGGUCCUUUCCUCUCUGUCGCAGAUUGCGGGCAGCGCCUGACUCAGAGCCUUGUUAACCAGUUUCUAGUCACCACACAAAGCAUUCAUCAAACUACCAGGGACACAAUGGAUCUGGUUGAAGCAGCGAAGGAAGCAGCGGCACAGAGGGCAGUUGACAACCACGUAAAAGACAAUUAUGUUGUGGGGAUUGGAAGCGGGAGCACAGUUGUUUAUGCUGUGGAGCACUUGGCAAAGAGAAUCAAAGAACGCGGUUGGAAGAUUGCCUGUGUGCCUACAUCAUUUCAGGCAAAAGAGCUGAUUAGGAAGCAUCGCUUGGUUUUGACAGAUCUUGAGGAACACCCCGAGAUCGAUGUAGCUAUCGAUGGUGCAGAUGAAGUGGACACCAACUUGACACUGAUUAAAGGAGGUGGUGGGUGUCUUGCCCAAGAAAAGGUUGUGGCUUCUUGUGCCAAAGAGUUCAUUGUGGUCGCUGAUUACAGGAAAGACUCUGCAACGUUAGGAGAAAAUUGGAAGAAAGGUAUUCCUGUUGAAGUGCUUCCAAUGGCUUAUGUACCUGCUCAAAAGAAAAUUGAAAAGCUCUUAGGUAACAAAGCAGAAUUGAGGCAAGCAGCAAAAAAAUGUGGGCCUGUUGUCACUGACAAUGGAAACUUCAUACUGGAAUGCAAGUUCAGCCCACAAAACAACUGGUCAGAGACAAACAUUGCACUGAAAAUGAUUCCUGGUGUUGUGGAGACAGGAAUCUUUGUUGGCAUGGCGUCGAAGGUUUACUAUGGCCUAAAUGACGGAACAGUGACAGAAAAGAUCCAGCCUUAGCUCUACCCUGGUUGUGUACCUGUGAACCCUGCUUCACAUUCUUGUAAAACUUGUUGAAAUGAGAGUUCUGAAAGUUAACAUCCAAUGCAUCAGUGUAUUUUUGAUGCCACAAAGCUCUUCAGAAGGGAAGUUGUUUCUGUUUUGUCUCUUCCGCAUGGUAUCGGUUGUAUUUCUUCUCAACAUACUCUGUGCAGUACAAGGCGUAGCACCUGUCUAUAUAUACAUACGUAUAUCUGCAAUAAAAGAAUUUCAUUUUUCA